AUGCGUGUCAAAAGGAUGCCAAGAAGAGGAAUCUUCAAUGAUGUGCGGGAAAGCGGUACAGCUCGUCUGAUCUUCCAGAAGGACGAAGUUCUGAUGGUUGAUCUGUCCAAGGUGGUUAUGAGAUCUGAUCCCAAACAAGAAAUCGAGCAUGUCCAGAAGAACGUUGACGGAGACAGGAAGAGUGUGCAACGUGCAGUGUGCUACAACUUCGCGAUAGGAGUGCUAGUGACUCUUCUGCUUCUUUCUGUUCCUGUAGCGGAGGCGGGUUACAUACCCAGCGAGGACGAUAGCCCUAUAAAUAUGGUGCUUAACAAACUCGGAUUCGCGCUUCUAGCACUAGCACCAGCACGCCCAGCGAAGUCCUCGGCGCCUGAGUCGCGUCAGCCGCUUAUCGUCAACCCCCACCACCGCCCCCGGUCAGCAUAG